AACUGCAAAAAUCCCCUCACAGCAUUAGGAAACCACAUAUGCUGUCAAACAGCUAUGGCAGAGGCCAAGCAAGGAGGCGCAGGGGUGUUUGCCAAAAAUGUCCAGAAGAGAUUCUCCCGUGCACAAGAAAAGGUUCUACAAAAGUUGGGAAGAACAAUAGAAACCAAGGAUGAUCUGUUUGAGCAGUGUGCUUAUGAUUUCAACAAGCAGCAGAAUGAAGGUAACAGGUUGUAUAAGGAUUUAAAGGCAGCUUUCAGUGCUGUGAAAGCAAUGCAUGAAAGUUCUAAGAGAUUAUCAGAAACCCUUCAAGUCAUCUACAGACCAGACUGGGAUGGAUAUGAUAACCUGAAAGCAAUUGUAGAGAACAAUGACCUUCUCUGGAGUGAUUAUGAGGAGAAAUUAGCUGACCAGGCCGUCCACAUCAUGGAGAAUUACAUGUCUCAGUUCUUCGACAUGAAGGAAAGAAUAGCUAAGCGUGGGAGAAAACUGGUGGAUUAUGACAGUGCAAGACACCACCUGGAGGCAUUGCAAAAUGCUAAGAAGAAAGAUGAGGCAAAAAUUGCAAAGGCAGAAGAGGAGUUCAAUAAAUCUCAGAUUAUAUUUGAAGAUAUGAACAAAGAAUUAAGAGAAGAGCUGCCAAUUCUCUUCAACAGUCGAAUUGGAUGUUAUGUGACUAUUUUCCAGAAUAUUUCCAAUCUUAGCGAUGUUUUCUACAAGGAGAUGAGUAAGCUGAACCAUGACCUAUAUGAAGUUAUGAGUAAACUAGAGAGACAACAUUCCAACAAAGUCUUUGUUGUGAAAGGAGUCAAAAGUAAAAGAAGUUCACUGCUGAUCUCAUCACCCAUAAGUUCUUCCAGCUCCUUUUUUAUGGCUUCAAUAGACCCAGGGACAAGCAUUUCAAUUAGUGAUAAAGGUUCUUUAAAUGAGAACUCUGAGGCAAAUAUCAUAUCUCCAACUUCAAAUGACUCCAACACAGAUGAAAACAUCUCUACUUCAACUGAUGACAUGACUCAUGAGGAAUCUCACAUACUUACAGAUACUGAACAGUUGGAAGAAUCUGUAAGUCAGAACACAGAGGAGAAUGUACAGAAUGAUACAUCAACACCUAAAGAAACUAAAGACUUGGAGACCAGAAGAGAAAGUGACUCAAAUUGUGACCCAAAGGAAAUGUCUCCAAAAGAUCAAGGGGCAAUAGAUGACAAGGUGUCAGAAUGUGUAACACAGAAAAACAUUGACCUCAUUAAACAAACUGGAACUAAAGAAAAGUCAACUCUUGUUAGUCCAGGCGAUUCCAGUAAAAUAAUUAGAGAUGAAAAAGCCCAAGAAGGUUCCACUGAUGCAAAACAAGUAGAAACUGAGGAGAUAAAAAUUGGAGACAGUGAUAAAGUUAUAGAAGAUAGUUUGAUUGACAGUACCAAGAGAGAAUUGGAAGAAUCAGAAAAUAGAAAGGAAAAUAAUUCCAGAGAAGUAAACAAAGAGGAUGCCGAAGACAAAAUAAGAAGUGAUCAACAUCAUGUUGGAAUGGAGGGCCUUAGAACUGAAGUGCCUACAGAAUCUGAAAAUAUAUAUGAAGGCAAUGAUUCUGAUAGACAGACAAAACCAUGUUCUUCUGUGAAAGAUCCCUGCCAGCCAUGUCCAACUAAUGACGUGAAGAAGAUUUCAAAUGAUGAACCUUGUUCUUCUGUGCCAAAUCCCUGCCAACCAUGUCCAACUGAUGAAGUAAAGAAUCCAAGUGAUGAACCUUCUUCUUCUGUGCCACAUUCCUGUCAAACAAGCCCAACCGAUGAAGUAAAGAAUCCAAGUAAUGAAUCUUGUUCUUCUGUGUCAAAUCCUUGCCAACCAUGUGAAACUGAUGAAGUAAAGAAAUCAAGUGAUGAACCUUCUUCUUCUGUGUCACAUCCCUUCCAACCAAGCCCAACUGAUGAAGUGAAGCAGAAUCAAAAUAAUGAAACAUCCAACAAAAUAACUGGAACACAAACUGAAUCAGAAUAUCAGGACCAAAUGAUAACUCAGCUGUAAAUCCAGACACCCAGUUCCAGAGCAGGAGCCAGUGCUGGUGCCAGUUACUCCAGAAUUAGUCCACCCCUGGAUUAUACAGUCCGUCUGUAGGUAUUGCUGUUUCUGAGAGAAAUCCUCUUAUGUGGACUUGCUAUCCAUAUUUAUAUUACCCAUUUCUUAGGUCAAAUUUUUUUAAACUAAUUUUGACCAUUUUUAUGUGAUAUCACUAUGCAGCACCUUGUACCAUGAACUUACAGUUAAUAAAAGGCUAUAAACAUG